ACCAAGGACAGGGCACCUGCCUUGAGUCAGGGGCCGACGGAGCUCCCCUCACCCCGACCCCCGUGUCAGUUGCAGGAACCUUCCCUCUACACCAUCAAGGCUGUUUUCAUCCUAGAUAGUGACGGACGCCGCCUGCUGGCCAAGUAUUAUGAUGACACAUUCCCCUCUAUGAAGGAGCAGAUGGCCUUCGAGAAAAAUGUCUUCAAUAAGACCAACCGGACUGACAGUGAGAUUGCGUUUUUCGGGGGCAUGACCAUCGUCUACAAGAACAGCAUCGACCUCUUCCUGUACGUGGUGGGCUCAUCCCAGGAGAAUGAGCUGAUGCUCAUGUCUGUUCUCACCUGCCUGUUUGAGUCCCUGAACCACGUGUUAAGGAAGAACGUGGAGAAGCGCUGGCUGAUGGAUAACAUGGAUGGAGCCUUCUUGGUGCUGGACGAGAUUGUGGAUGGCGGCGUGAUUCUGGAGAGCGACCCCCAGCAAGUAAUCCAGAAAGUGAAUUUUAGGGCAGAUGACAGCGGCUUGACUGAGCAGAGUGUGGCCCAGGUUCUUCAGUCUGCCAAGGAACAAAUUAAAUGGUCAUUACUGAAAUGAAGGCUGUGCAUUCGAGGCUCCCUGCCCCCAGAUAAUUUCCCCAAUCCUGGCAAGAACUCCGAGACCCCAGGGGACAGGAGAGGCCCCUCUGUAUGCCCAGGCCCUCCCAGAACCAACUCCCAAGGUCUCUGGGCAGAGACUCUGAAAUGAGAAAAAAAUUGGCUUUAGCAUUGAGUCACCACUUCUCACUGCCCUGGCCUGCUCCUUGGGCCUCGAGAACCAGCCGAGUUAAAAUCAGACCUUAGGCAUCCCGGAGCCCAGAGCCCUAAUAAACCUGCUCUUGUCUCCUGCCA